AUGAAGAGGGGCAGUGCAACUCCUGCAGACAGCCCCACGUGCGCCAAAAGGAAAAAAAACAAAUGGGCAAUUCACUCCUCCCCCUUUGAAUGCAAAAAAAACAGCUACCUACGCUGCAGGAAGAACAACUUUAACAACUUGGGGGGACUGCUCCUGGAAAAGAACUUUUUCUUUUUUAAUUUCCUCCUCAGCGUGAAAUGUAACGAAGAGAAAAAAAAAAUAAAGCACACUUCGGAAUGUGCCACAUCGGAUGGCGAUGCAGAAUUGCGGCCGUAUUACCUCACCCAGGGGGAGCAAAUAUUCCUUCCACAGGACGAUCAAAAUGACAGCAACGAGGAGGCGCCAACGCGCAUACGGGGUGCAGACAGUUGUCAUCCAACUGGGGAGGCCCCAGAAAAGCACAAGGAAGCAAAUUUAAUGGAAAAACAUAUGUACACUCUGCUGAAAAAAAAUUUUUUUUUUUACAUAAAGAAUUACAUUCAUCACAUUUUGAGGAACGUGGACAUUUGCAGGGAUGAAAAACCGAACGAAACAUUUUUCGAAUUUUACAGUAAUUUUAAAAAUAAAAAAAAAAAAAUUUACUUUUACAACUCCGAGGAGUUGUUAAGUGACGUGUACUGCGACGUCUCAGAGGCGUCCGAAGAUAGUGACUACAACUUCUUUUAUGAGAAGUCCAACCAGCUACAUGAUUAUGAGGGUGAGGACGGGUCGGAGGAGGGGGGAGCGGAAAAUGAGAUGGUGGUGCAGGAGGCAGAUGAGGCUGACGGGGUGGAGAAGACAAACGGGGACAUGUGCCUCAUCCCGAAUCUGAGUAGAAAGUUGAACAAUCUGCACUUCCAAAAGCGCCACUCAAUGCUGUCCCUCGACGAGGAUAUGAGUAAGCGUGAGGCGAAGGAACGCAAGUUUGCAAAGUACGCCUGUGGCCGAUGUCGAGGGGGGACAUCUGGCGACGAGAGAGACCCUUCUCAUGUGUCUAACGCACCUGACUCGUCUGCCCAUGGUGGCAACGUUUGCCUACUGCAGAUCCUCAUUUCGAACUUAACAAAAGGGGAGCUACUCUUCUGGGCAAAAAUUAAAGGAUGCAUAGAGCAGUUCCUCGGGACGAUAAAAGAGGCCGUGCUUUUCAAAGGCCCAGCGAACUAUGUCGAAACGCCGUACAUCGAAAUUAUGGACGAAAUAGAGAAGCGAAAAACGGAAGAAGAGCACAUAAAAUAUAUAAAAAAAAAAAAAAAAUUAUUAACCCUUAAGAAAGAACAAAAAUGCAUCAAAUGCUUGUUCGAAAAAACGAUAAACUCUGUUCGAAUUUCCUUCAAAUAUGACUUAACCCUAGCGAAUGAAAAUUUCAAUUAUCUCUUCAAAGAUAGGAUAUAUAAAUAUAAAAAAUUUAUUGAAAAAAUGCUGACCGAAUAUUUGGGGGGGAAUCUCAAUUUGGACCAAAAAGACGAGACGUUCACUUUUUUACCCAGUCAAUUAAAUCCCAUUGUUUUUAAAAAUUGCAAAAAGAAAAAUUACGAUUUUUCACUUCUUAUUCAUAGUGUGCAUUUGCAACUGUAUGGAUAUAUGUACAUGCGUGAUUAUUUAUUUUUCCUUCUCAUCAUGGUGGAGGUUUACGUGUUUGUUCACUUUAAUGAUAUCAACUACACGUAUGCGCACAACACAGAUUUGUUCCUCGACCAAAUUUUAAAAAAUCUGUUCACUUAG